ACACAAAAGUAAAAGAAUAUUGGUGGAUAAACGAUUUCAAGAGCUUCGAUUAGGUUUUUUGUUUCUGUCAGGUGAAGAGUUCAAUUUAUACCAAUGGCUUCGGGAGAGGGAGAAGUUAUUGCUUGCCACACUGUUCAACAGUGGGACGAUCAGCUUAAGAAGGGAAAUGAUUCCAAGAAAUUGGUUGUGGUGGAUUUCACUGCGUCAUGGUGUGGACCAUGCCGUUUCAUUGCCCCAAUUGUGGCAGAGUUUGCCAGGAGGAUGACCCAUGUCAUGUUCCUCAAGGUGGACGUGGAUGAAUUGAAGUCUGUUGCCGAGGAUUGGGCUGUGGAGGCAAUGCCAACUUUUAUUUUCCUGAAAGAAGGAAAGAUAGUGGACAAGGUUGUGGGUGCAAAGAAAGAUGAUCUCCAGCUGACAAUUGCAAAACAUGCUAGUCCUACUGCUCCUGCUACUGCUUCUGCUUGAUUGUAUGCUUAGAGGAGAUAAGGACCUUGGUACCUUUUUCUGUGUGUUUAUGAUAACUAUGGUGUUGCGGUCUUGUAAGUUUCUCUUUGUGGGUGUUUGUAUUAAGGUAGUAACCUACUGCAUGAAGUUAAGGGUGUAACCUUGAAGCUAGUUGUUACCUUAAGUUGUAUGGUUGAUAUACUUGAAUCAUUUGCACAUAAUGUUGCAGUGAAUAAGAUACUAGUUGCAAAAUAUUAAAAAUAAGUACUCUUGCUUCUUUAA